AUGGCACCUCCCGGACUUUCCAGGGAGCGGAGAAAGAAAACCCAUGGCCUGUACUUCCAUUCAUCACCACCGAAAGUAUUACAAAUGAACAAUCAAAAUUUGCUACGAGACAAUGAUAGCAGAGCAAAGGAUGGACUAGUGAUUAAACCAUCCAAUAUUAGAAUAUGGCUGCACCAAAAGCGCAUGUCGAAAUUGGCAAAAGUUUUGUGGGCUGGUCAGGGCAUGCGUUUGCGCACCGAGACAUCGCAGCAUCCGAAAAUGAAACGAUUUUUGGAGUGCGUUCCUCACGUCAUGGGUGUCAUCAAGGAUAUUCACCAAGCUGUUGUGGACAACGAUCUGGAUAUGUUGAAAGAAAAGUCUGCUGCUCCGAUGCCCCGAGUAGUGCUAACCAGCAAGGAUACCAACGGGUUGACCCCGUUGCACAAAGCUGCAGGACUGGCACACAUCCAAAUCGUGGAGUAUAUAUUGUCGGUAUGGCCGAGCCUAUCUUCCGAUGAGGAUCACACAGGGAAAACCCCGCUGCAUUGGGCGGCAAGUGCGAAGAACAACGCACGUAGUUUCAAUCUGCUCGUGCAGGCCGGAGCAGAUGAAACUGCAUUGGAUUAUCGUGACAAACCAGCUGAGUACUACAAGAACAAACCCAACGAGAUUGACAGGUCGUUGCUGACGGUCAUUCCGGAGGCACCGCGAAUAUCGCAGCAAGGCUUUCCGGCCUAUUUCGACUGGAGCAUGUUCACCCUCGACGAGGAUUACGACGAUAGCAACGGUUCGCAAACGAGAAUGAAACCAUUUUUAUCGCAAAAUAAUUUACUAGAUAAUGAUGUAAAUAACCCCAGUAGUGUUUCCAAGUCAAAAUCUGUGCACAAUUUAACUAAUGGAACCCUAACCGACCUCCCAAACGAUGACGAUGAGAACGAGACCAAGAGCAACAAAGAAUCAGACCAACUGGAUGCACCAGCAAAUCCGACCGAAUCAGCAAGUGUAGUUCCUGGGGAUCCACAGGAGCAACCCGAAGAUGUGGAGGAAAGUAAACCCACUGGUUCCGAUACAAUUCAGGCCGAAGCAGAAUCUAUGGUAAGCUCUGCAAAGGAAAAUGAGGCUGCCAUCGACACUGAGGGCGAUCAAACAAGUGAACAGAUCGUGCAAGACGAGGCUGAAAAUAAAGAGGUUGCCGAGCAAAAUGAUAAUCUAACGAAAGACGAAGAAACAAAUGGUAAUGAAUUAGAAAAAGUUGGUGAUGAACAAGAGGACGAAGGUGAAGGCAAUAAUAUAGGUGAAGAAAAUGAAUUAGAACCAGCUGACAAUGAACAAGACAAUGAAGAUAAAGACAAUGGGGUAGUUAAUGGAGGAGAGGCUGUGCUUAAUGGAGUUACGGAGCAAAAAAACAUAUCAUCUGAAGAAACUAACGAACUAGACCAUGAAGGUAAUGUCCCUGAGGCAGUUGAAAAUGCAGAGCUUACAAACGAAAACGUAAUUGAAGAAUUAAUGAAACAAGAGGACAAUUCCGAAAAUAUCGACCAAGAUAACUCACUUAAGCCCAAUGAUGAUAUUGACAAUACAAAUCUCGACGAAAAUGAAAAUAAUCAAAAUUACGAAAAACCAUCCGACGAACAGAUUGACGUGAAUGGAAACCAUGAUGAUUCAAAUAAUACUCAGAGUAGACAAUCGUCAGCAAAAUCAAAAGAAAAUGAUACAACAACACAAAAUCAAUCAUCCCGGCCAGUUAGCACUACCAGUGUCAAUCAAAGCGAUUUGAAGCAGAAAUCUGCUGCAUCCGUUAGAUCCUCCGUUCACUCAGCAAAAUCAGCUAGUAGCAAAAGCACCCGUGGCGCCUCCGCAGCCUCCCAAAACAAUAAUGAUGAAGUCAUAGUUGAACCAAAUGCUGCUGACGAUAUUCAAUCAACUCACACAUCUAGACCGUCAACGGCAGCAAGUCAGUCAACCUCAUCGCGAGCCGAAUCGGCCGGAUCAACUGUGCGCAACGCCUCGGCGGGUCGUCGUCAGUCGGCCAAAUCUUUUACCGUCACGGAAAAUCGUCCUGAACAGAACGGGCGCGAGAAUGACGAAGAGGACAGCAACGAUGACUCAAACCAAGCCGAUGUUGAAAUAGUCCAUUACAAAGCUAGCGAUGAGGACGGAAACAAGGACAGCGCUCCGACGGAGGAAUCGCCCGAAGUUAAAAAUUCAGGCGGAGAAAAUGGGCCACCCAUCGAGGCCACUGUCGCGGAUGCUAUUGAUGAUCCUAGUCCUAAGGAAGAGAUAGAUGUCGUAAAUGACGAAGCAAUCAACCGAAACGAUGGCAUUUCUGCUUCGGAAGCUAUUAAUGUAACAAACUCUUCAGAAAACGAACAAACAAACGCACAAGACUCGCCUGGUUCGACCCUGGAAAUCGAGGGAACCGUCGAGGGUGAAGCGGAUGACGGUCAACUGCACAGUGCUAAGCCAUCCAACAGUUUAGACUCAUCCCAUGGGCACACUGUGCAGGAAAUUAUCAACAAUGGCGACAUGGAGCAGCUGGCGGUAAUCGUGCUAGAUGGCAAGGGUAGCCAAUUGUUGGGUUACCGUUCAGAGCUUCCGGAAAUUCAAGCUUUUCUAGAAAACGUGCCUUCCUACAUGAACAAAAUCCGCCGCGUUCACAUAGCAGCACGAGAGGGCAGCUUACGAGACUUGCAGUCGGCUCUAGAUCGGCGGAAAUUUGCAACUGCCAAGGAUGAGAUUUCACCACAUGGCGCGACACCUCUGCACGUGGCAACCAUCUUCGGACAUUCAGGUAUUGUGCGGUACCUGGCCGGACGUUUCCCAGAAACCACCAGCGCUACUGAUGACCAAGGCCGUACUCCUCUUCACUAUGCAGCCAUGCUGAAGGAUAACGGCCAUUUCUAUAACCUACUAACCCACCUGGGAGCGAACCCUAAAGCGGAAGAUAACUUGAAUCAUCCGGCUGAGUUUUACUUGAACCACGAUCAAUCCAGCGAUUUGCUCUGCCAUCGACAGCUACUGCAGGACUAUGGCGCCGAAGAGGAUCUCGUUGAUGAAAUGCUGAGUGAUCAAGUGCCAGAUGAUCAGCACAGCGCACGCCGUGAGUUGGACGAUGUGGAUACUCUCACUACGUUGGAACGAUGUUUCAAAAUUAUUCACGAACCAGUUGGGGACCUAAUGAAGACGGUAGAGCUUCCGACUAACAGUGUUCCCGGUAGUGCUUCGUCUCUGCGGAUAUUGAUAACCUCAUACUUAGCCAAGUUUUUAAAGCAAAGUGUCUUCGAUAAAAUCAAGAAACGACAGACUAAGCUAGAUCAUAAUCUGUUCGACGUAAUUUGGCCGGCGAUGAAGAAAGCUACAAAAGAGAAGAAAAUCGAUGAAGAUCUAAACGUAGGAAUCGUAAUACCGGACUAUGAUGUGUUCGUAGUUUUUCAGGAAUUUUUAGUGCCGUUGAUUAAGGACAUGCACUGCAUAGAUUUGCAGCAAAAUUUUGAACCCCAUCAGGCAAUUCAGUUCUUCCCCAGAUACACAAUGACUGACAUAUUACAUCCACACCGCGAAGGAAAUGGCAAUGUGCUACGGGAAAAUUCCGAUGAAAUUGAGCUUAAUCUAGAUACUUCGGGGAAAUUCAUUACCGGUGCAGUGAUUGAAUGCUGUCGCAACUUGGACGACUUCGAGUUUCCGUUAAAUCUAAGCAUCGCUCACUUGGAACGGGUGGAACGCAUCCUUACUUCGAAGAUCCUUUCUAUGGCCUUUGCUGCUGCUAUAGGUGAAAAAGAACUGGGUACCUACUAUACGAUGAACGAAGUGCUGGAAAGCCCUUCCGAAAUUCGGACAGUACUUGCUGCUAGCGGUCUACUGAUUCCAAUGCUUGACCAUUCAGAUCCAUACCAAAUAGCGGAAUCUAUUGCCCUCAACGGAAGGUAUUGGCCAUACGGUCGAGGAGUCUACGUCAGUCACAAUCAGGAUCUCGUAGCAUGGAUCAACACACAAGAACAUCUUCGAGUGCUAGUUUGUACAAGCUCCCAACAGCCUGCCAACAUUGGAGCCGCCUAUUCGAAAAUAGGUCGUGCUAUGAACUUCCUGGAGGAUAAGAUCCAGUUCAAACACAGCUACCUCCUAGGAUAUCUAGUAUCACGACCGUCAUUUCUCGGUACCGGUUUUAAGAUUACCUUGUCUUUAGAGCUUCCCCAUCUGCGUAAGGAGAAAGAAAACCUCCGGCAUCUGUGCGUAGUACGAGAGCUACAUUUGCUAACAUCGGACGAUCGGCAAACCGUUCGGAUGAGCAACAUGCGCAGCUUGUCGCAGUGCGAGUGGCAAAUUUUCCAAAAUUAUACCAGUGCGAUCACUAACAUUGUAGCACUGGAGAAGGAGCUUUCGAUGUCUAACUCGUUGCACAUUGCGGCCACUUUGCUGAAGAUAUUUCAGCAUAAUGGUUCACAAGUAGAAAUACCCCUAUUCCGAACAGAAGAAGGACGAUACCUCGCAACUUCUCUAGGCGAUCCUCUGAUUAAGGGGCUAACAGAGGUAGCCAACAAACGUCCGGCCGAUCCGAUCACCUAUUUGGCCACCUAUCUAUACAACUUUGCAAAUCAGAACCGAACGAAAACUAGCGCAAGCAGUCAGACUUCAGCCGGAAAGAACGAUCGCAAUAACAAUAGCAUCGAAUUCGAGGUCAAGGAAGAUUCGGACAAAGAACUGGAAGGCUCUGCUCGCACGGAAGAAACCGUCAAAGUUUUACCUCAAAACGGUGCAAUGGCGGAAUCAGAAAUCGACAAGGAUGAUCAGGGACCUCCUUCGCCAGACGGAUCAGGCUCUGCUCCUUCCAGCUAUAACAGGGAUGAACACGGUCAAAGCAUGUUACAUUUUGCCUGUGCGAGAUCUCAUGGAAGAAAUGGCCUCAUCCAGUUGAUUGAACAGUCAGGGACAAGCAUAACCUAUCGCGAUGAACUUUAUCGAACAGCACGAGACGUAUCCUUGCAGGCUACGCAACCAGAUAACGCUAAAGAAAUUGAUCGCUACGUACUUGGCUUAGCAGCUAGGGGAGAUUUGGAGGCGUUGAACACUAUGCUUCUAGACGGGUACGAUCAUAUAGUCGAUGUCGUAGGUUCUGAUGGAACUACCAUAACGCAGGUAGCAUCAUCGAGGGGUCAUCGAGAAAUUGUUCGUUUUCUGGAAAAAGCACGGGAAUUUGAGGAGAGCCGAGAGAAUUUAUUAAAUGCUAUUCGAGAGCAAAAUUUACAAAAAGUUAUGGAAAUAACGCAGCAAUCAGACGGCAUAAAGCUUGCAAGGGCCAAAAAUUACUAUGGGCGCACUUCUUUGCACAUUGCGGUUCUGACGGAGAGCGAGGAAAUAGUUGAGUACUUGGCUACUAAUUUUAAGCAGACAUUGAAAAUUGGUGAUAAUCUGGAACGUACGCCUCUGCACUAUGCGAUGGGUAUCGGAAAUGUAGAAGCAAUCAAUCGUAUCCUGAUCAAAAAUGGUGCAAAACGUGUUUCAAAGGAUUUGAAGGGUCGACAGCCUACCUACUACUUUAUGAACAAGGCAGAUAUUCUGCGUUUACAAGAAGAAGAAAAACAAUAGUUUGCUAGAGAGAUUAAAAGAGAUUUAUUC